AUUUUGUGCCCCCUAUGGUGCCACAUUAGUCUGUGCCCUCUAUGGUACCACCUUGUUCUGUGCCCCCUAUGGUACCACAUUAACCUCAAGCUGCCUCAGCAGGACAACUUUGUCGAUGUGGCCAAGUGGUGUCGGCAGAGCCGGAGACAACUUCCAGCUGGGAAAUGAAGCCUGCUGAAAGCCAAAAAAAGAAUCUUAUAUACAUUUUUGCGCUGGCUGUCUCUGUGAUGAAGCUCACUGACCAUGUACCUGGCUCAACAUAAGCUUCCAGUCUAAAGUGAGGCUUUUUGUUUAUUUUGUUUGGACAAGAAGACUGUCAAAUCUGCAGCAAAAUGGUGUUGGAAAAAGUCUACUUUAUAUUGGAAGUUUUGCUGAUAACUAUACUAGUGGUGGAAGGCAUUGCAGUGGCCCAGAGAACACAAGAAGGACAAAACAUAGGAACUAAACACAUUCCAGCGCCCCAGUGUGGUACGUGGGUUCGGACCAUUAAUGGAGGUCAUUUUGCUUCACCAAAUUUUCCAAACACCUACCCUCCUAACAAGGAAUGCGUCUACAUUUUAGAAGCUGCUCCACGCCAAAGAAUUGAGCUGACCUUUGAUGAACCUUAUCACAUAGAACCUUCCUUUGAAUGCCGGUUUGAUCACUUGGAGGUACGAGAUGGUCCAUUUGGCUUUUCCCCACUGAUUGAUAGAUACUGUGGUCUUAAAAGUCCAACACCAAUCCGAUCAACGGGGAGGUUCAUGUGGAUCAAAUUUUCUUCUGAUGAGGAAUUAGAAGGACUAGGAUUUCGAGCAAAAUACUCCUUUAUACCAGAUCCUGACUUCAGUUACCUUGGUGGUAUUCUUAGUCCCAUACCUGACUGUCAGUUUGAGCUCUCAGGAGCAGAUGGAAUCAUUCGCUCCAGUCAGGUGGAACAAGAAGAGAAAUUGAAAACUGGACAAGCACUUGACUGUAUAUGGACAAUUAAAGCCACACCAAAAGCUAAAAUUUACUUGAGGUUCCUAGACUACCAGAUGGAGCAUUCGAAUGAAUGCAAACGGAACUUUGUCGCUGUUUAUGAUGGUAGCAGUUCCAUUGAGAACCUGAAGGCAAAAUUCUGCAGCACUGUUGCCAAUGACGUGAUGUUACAGACAGGCAUUGGGGUGGUGCGGAUGUGGGCAGAUGAAGGAAGCCGGUUAAGCCGAUUCCGGAUGCUUUUCACAUCAUUUGUGGAACCUCCCUGUGUCGGCAGUACUUUUUUUUGCCAUAGCAACAUGUGCAUCAAUAAUUCUUUAGUGUGCAACGGUAUUCAGAACUGUGCCUACCCCUGGGAUGAAAAUCAUUGCAAAGAAAAGAAAGAAGCUGGGCUGUUUGAGCAAAUCACAAAGACCCAUGGGACAGUUAUUGGUAUCACAUCUGGAAUUGUUUUAGUCCUCCUCAUAAUUUCUAUUCUUGUUCAAGUGAAGCAGCCACGCAAAAAAAUCAUGGCAAGGAAGACUACAUUUAACAAAACUGGAUUUCAGGAGGUAUUUGAUCCACCCCACUAUGAGCUGUUUUCACUAAGGGACAAAGAAAUUUCUGCAGACCUGGCUGAUUUAUCUGAGGAACUAGAGAACUAUCAGAAAACCAGGCGCUCAUCCACAACUUCUCGAUGUAUUCAUGACCAUCACUGUGGGUCAACAACAGCAUCUUUAAAACAAAGCAGGACCAACCUAAGCUCAAUGGACCUUCCGUUCCGCAAUGAUUUUGCACAGCCUCAGCCAAUGAAAACAUUCAAUAGUACCUUCAAGAAAAGUACCUAUACUUUUAAACAGUCCCACGAUUGUCCUGAACAAGGUAUAGAAGAUCGGGUAAUGGAAGAAAUCCCAUGUGAAAUAUAUGUGCGUGGUCGAGAAGAUUGUGCUCAGGGUUCUAUGUCCAUUGACUUUUAAACGCCUCCCAUUAUGUGGUUCCUUAUAGAAAAAGCUAUAUUUUUGAGACUAUAUCCAACAGUCAUUACAUUUUCUAAAGCCAAGAAAUGGAGAAUCAAACAAUAAUUGUAAAAUAAAACUCUAUAUUUUUGAGCAGGAACAUCACGUCAUGCAUGACAUACUGUAUAAAUCCUACUGAAUUAUACACAGCACUUAUGGUGGUUAAAAUAUAUUUCAUUGAUAUUGUCAAAAUGGUCUUUUUUGCAUAUUUUUUGUUAAAUCUUUUACACAUUAUGGUUAUUAAGGUGCUAUUUUCAUGUUUUUUUUCAAUAUCAACACAUUUAAAGAAAAAUUAGUUUCCCUUUUUACUUUAUUAUAAUUAACCAUUAGGAGGGAAAAUUCCAACACCAUGGGAUGCUUUUUAAAUUAAAAAAUAAGAUUUUUAAAGCUAGAAGAGCCAAGUCUACAAGAAAAUAUCUCAGAUAGUGGCACAAUCAUGGAAAAGGUUUUAAUCUGUGCCUGUAAAUUUUGUGUAACUUUAAGUAAAAUAGCGUGAAAUAGA